AUGAGUUACCUACCGGUACCCUCACAAGUAAACAAAACACCAGGGCCGUCAAUUAUGCCAAGAGGAACAAAGAACAAGACUGCCCCGGCAGCGGCCGCACCAGCCAAAGCAACCGAGAAACGCGUUCGAGAACCCGUAGAAGAACCGCCCGCAACAGGCGACUCCACAACCUCCUCACAGACCAGGAAACGAAAAGCAGUAGACGAAGAUGCCUUCCAACUCCCCACCCUCAAAUCUCGCUCCCGCAAAAUCCGAAUAACUUCCGCCUGGCACCCCCUCCCCGCCUCCGCAAUUGAAACACUCAUGUCAACACUUGAAACAACCGCCCUCCCAAUCUUCUCGACUGCUAAAUCCGACUCGCGACGAAGGGAGACACAAGCGGUGUUGCAACACGCUUUUAGGAAGAUUGAGAAUGCGUUGAGGAAAUUACCGGUGCCGCCAGGCAGCGGAGAGGGUAUCGAAUAUGAGAAAGUCCUGGACCAGAGCCGCACUUUAGAAACAGGUCUCGUUACGGAUUUGGAGCAGGUUGGGGUGUUAGAACGGGAAUUGGAGAGGGAGAGAAGAGAACUGGAGGAGGAGGUGGAACAGUUGAGGGAGCUUGAAACAAACGCGAAGGCUGCGGCAGGGGAACGAAGGAAGAGGCAAAAGAAGCUCCACCCCCUCCUCCAAACCACAACCGAACCCUCGCCCGACGACGACAUCGCCUUUCCUGACCGCGUCAACCUCAAACGCACCUCAUCUUCGACGUACGAUACCGCAAACGAUAAAACACUAUGCUCACUCACGACACAACUCGAACAACACCUUACCUCGAUCCAGAAUAAUGUUGCAAAGGUUGAGGGCGUGGUAGGGGUUGCGAGUAAGGCGGAGGGGGCGUUGAUGAGGUUGAUGGAUCGGAUUGGGGUGUGUGAGGAUAUUGCGCUGGGUGGAUUGAUCUAG